AUGGUGGAAGAUAGGGCACCCGAAUUAGAGGGCGCUCAACAUACCAGCGAGUCCAAAGCCGCGAGGUUUAAUGCCCGAACAUUGAAAAAGCUACAAGCCGCAAUCACGAAAGAUCCGGAGAUAGACUUGCUCGAGCAAUUCCCUAUGGAAUACCAAGAACGUCUCAUGGAAAUGAGAAAAUCAAAUGAAAGCCUUCCGAAGGAUGUCAGGCAUAAUCCAGCCGAUGAAGACAUCCGACAUUCCCUUUGCCCCUCAGACCCAGUGGAAAUAGUCUUUCCUCUUUCGGAUACGGUUGCAAAAUUAAUCGGGCCGACAUCACAGCCCGCGGGCUUACCGGCGGCACUCUCUCAAAGGCUUUUUGAAGUUCUAUGGAGCAGUGAAACUAUUUGGAAAGCUCCCUUCGCUCGACAAAAAGGAGUGUUCAAAUGCUCCGCAGAAGUCGUUGUAAAAGCAAUUCACAAUAUGGAGCACUAUACUGAAUAUACCGCUUUACAAUAUCUCGACCAUCAUAAGUCGAGUAUCCCAGUACCAAAGCCUCUUGGCUUGGUGCGUAUGAGUGGGAUAUCUCUGAUAUUCAUGAGCUACAUGGGAUCUACGCCGCUAGGGAAUGUCUGGCACACACUCGAUUCUGGUCAAAAAACCUUCCUUAGCAACCAACUUAACAUCAUACUUGAAGAUUUGCGAACUCUUCCCUUUACAGAAGGGAGUCUUCUAGGAGGAGUUGCAGGUGAAGGCUGCAGAGAUUUAAGGAGACAUGUCCGAUUCGCAUCCAGGCGGCAACGUGUUCGUCGAGUUCCUCCGUCGAUUAUCACCGUCUAUGGCCCAUUCGGGCGCAUCGUUUUCACACAUGGAGAUAUCAGGCCAGACAAUAUCAUGGUUCAAUUGGCCGACAACAACAAGUACAUGAUUUCUGGAAUCAUUGACUGGGAAUAUAGCGGUUUCUAUCCUGAAUAUUAUGAAUCUGUGCGGUGCACAAACUGUCUUAGCCCCUACGGGGAAGAUGACUGGUUUUUAUAUCUGCCAGAAUGUGUCUCACCAAGUAUCUACGCUCAGUGGUGGCUUUUCGAUCGAAUCAGGGAACUUAGAGUUGUAUGA